UCAGUCGGCUGCAGUUUCCGUUCGCUGCGCUCUCCUCCCGGGAUUUGGUUCGUCACCGUAGAUCGGCUUCUUCCGUUCCCAGUUCGCUCCAGGCUUUCAUUGUCAGCUCAUCCCACCAAGGCCUGGACGACAUGAGCAACAAAGAAGGAUCUGGGGGAUUCAGGAAAAGGAAGCAAGACAAUUUCCCACAUAACCAAAGAAGAGAAGGGAAGGAUGUGAAUUCUUCUUCACCCGUGAUGUUGGCCUUCAAAUCCUUUCAGCAGGAACUUGAUGCGAGGCAUGACAAAUAUGAAAGGCUUGUGAAACUUAGUCGGGAUAUAACUGUUGAAAGUAAAAGGACAAUUUUUCUCCUCCAUAGGAUUACAAGUGCUCCUGAUACAGAAGAAGUGCUGUCUGAAUCAGAAAUUAAAUUGGAUAGUGUCAGACAAAAGAUACUGCAGGUAGCCCAAGAGCUAUCUGGUGAAGACAUGCACCAAUUCCAUCGAGCUGUUACGAUAGGACUGCAGGAGUAUGUGGAGGCUGUGUCUUUUCAACACUUUAUCAAAACGCGAUCACUAAUAAGUAUGGAUGAAAUUAAUAAACAACUGAUUUUUACAACAGAAGACAUUGGGAAAGAAAAUAAGACCCCCUCCUCUGAGGCACAGGAGAAGCAGCUUGGUACUUGGAGCCUGAAAGUCACACCUGUUGAUUACCUUCUGGGAGUGGCUGACUUGACUGGAGAAUUGAUGCGGAUGUGCAUUAACAGUGUGGGGAAUGGGGACAUUGACACCCCCUUUGAAGUGAGCCAGUUUUUACGGCAGGUUUAUGAUGGGUUUUCAUUCAUUGGCAACACUGGACCUUAUGAAGUUUCUAAGAAACUAUACACUUUGAAACAAAGUCUGGCCAAAGUGGAAAAUGCUUGUUAUGCCUUGAAAGUCAGAGGUUCAGAAAUCCCAAAGCAUAUGUUGGCAGAUGUGUUUUCGGUUAAAACAGAAAUGAUUGAUCAAGAAGAGGGUAUUUCUUAGAAUGAAUUUACUUAUUCUUUUGAGAACUCUUAAGAGAGACCAAUUUGUAAGACUAUUAUUUAGUAUUUCAUUUGACUUUAUUGUGGAGUUUAGAAAUAUUUUCAGUUGUGCUUAUUUUAAAUUUAUACAAACUGUACAUAAAGUUACACAAAUGAAUCAUCUAUCUUAUUCAUAAAACUUUGUAUAAAAAGUUUGCAUAUAUGCAUAAAACCCUCAUUAUUGAUUGGUGAUGUAAACAUUCUUCAGAGUGUACUUUCUUGCUGUGCCUCCUUUAAUUUGAUUUGUAUGAAUAUGAGUACCAAUAUUUAGUGGAACCAGUUUGUAAUUUAAACUAGUGGUUUUGUUAUCUAUACCAAGUUUUCGUAGAUGUACAUCAUGACUGGAGCUUCCUCUUUAGAUGUCUUAGUAUUAUUGUGCUAAGUUUUCAAAAUAGGUUUCUUUCAUGGAAAAAUACAAAAAUUAAUAAGCUGUUAUUCUUUAAGUUUUAUGAGGUAUUAUAGUAAGAAUUUAUAAUAGAUUCUGGUUACAUUUAAGCUAUUUAAAUUCAUAUGAAACAUCUUUUCAUAAGAACUGACAGUUUACUAGAUAUUAGUUGCUUCAUUAUUUUCGUCCUUUAUCACAGAAGAUCUUAAAAUAAAUUGAACCUACUGUUAGUUCACUGGUAUUUGAAUUUAACUAUAGACUUGCAAAUAGAACUCAAAGGCUUUUCGUAGUGAUUUAAUAGUUUCUUUGUUGUUAAAUUGCAUUAGGUAUGUUGGGAAGCUUUCCUAUUCUAGCGUCUGUUAGAAAUUUAAAUAGCUGGGAAUGUUGAAAAUUCUAAAUACUGAGUUAAUUCAAAUCUUUAUAGUUGCUUAAUUGUGUUAGUAGUUUAAAAGUUACCAAAGAAACUUUAUCAUGUACAGUUCAGCAAUAAGACAAUUUUCAACACAAUUGAAAAUAACAGUGGUGAUAUUUAGAAUUGGUGUUUACCUACUAAAAGUGUCGUUAUAGCUUUUUCCCUCUGUUGUGUAACUGAUUUGAGCAUGACAGUGUCAGCUAGUAAUUGGAUGUUUCCUUUUUGUUUUGUGGGUUUUCAAAACCUAGGUAGUAAAUUUUAUAUUUUAUAUUUUAAAAGAUUAGUUCCUUUCAAAAUUCUUUGAAAUGUUUUUUUAAAAAACUGCCUAGAGGGAAAGUAGAACAUGAACAUACAUACGUGUGCUUAAUAAAUUAGUAUCAGUGUUUUGUCUUUUUGUUUUGAGGGUGAUGGAUUUUUUUGUGUAUUGUUUACGCUUUUAUUUUCAUAUUCUAAGAUGUAUCACUGAAGUGUGCUCCCAUAUGUUUUACAGAUGUUUAAAAUGGAAGUCUUUUGAAUAAAAUAUUAACAUACAGAAAUUAAGCUAUUUUAAGAGAAA